GGGAGAAGGAUAAUGUCAUUUCUGACGUUUCUUUGUAAAUAAAGCUAAAAAAACAUAAAAUCGUGUUUUUUUUACGGUAAGUGCAAGUAAUGUGUUUGAAUUGUUGAAUAAAUCGUUGAAAAAUGGAAGAAAACUCGGAAUUUGAACAAAUCGAGGCCGAUUCCCUAAUGAAUAAUAUCGGUCAUUCGAUCGACGAUCAAGAGAAGGAUAUGGAUACAAGAUCGGAAUUAAAAUUCGAUGAGUAUAAAGAAUCUGAAGAGGAAACGGUUAAAAGAAGAGAAAUCGAAAAGGCUUUACAAACAAACUCGUUCAGUUUAAAUGUAUGGAAGAAAUUUGCUGUUCAAAAGCACGGAUUAAUUAAUGAUGAAUUAAGAAGGAAAAUUUGGCCUUUACUUUUAGAAGUUGAUACUGACCUAACAGAGGUCGUUCCAUCUUUAGAGGAACUAUCAACUCAUAAAGAAUAUGAUCAAGUUGUUUUAGAUGUAAAUAGGUCAUUAAAAAGGUUUCCACCAGGCAUUCCAUAUAAACAAAGAUUAGCCCUUCAAGACCAAUUAACAAUCCUAAUAUUAAGAGUAAUCAUGAAAUAUCCUGAUUUACGAUACUAUCAAGGUUAUCAUGAUGUAGCGAUAACAUUUUUAUUAGUAGUCGGUGAAGUAGUCGCAUUUAGAAUAAUGGAAGUCUUAAGCACAGAACAUUUACGUGAAUGUAUGGAACCAACAAUGGAAAAAACCUCGUAUCGCCUCAAUUAUAUUUAUGCAAUGAUUCAAAAUGCUGAUAAACAGUUGCAUGAUUAUAUGGAUAGAGCUGGUGUUGGAACAAUGUUUGCUUUACCCUGGUUUUUAACAUGGUUUGGUCAUUCCUUAAAUCAAUACAAAGAUGUAGUGCGAUUAUACGAUUUUUUUUUGGCAAGUCCUCCAUUGAUGCCCUUAUAUGUUGCCGCUGCUUUGGUUAUUUAUAGGCGAAAAGAGAUUUUGUAUGAACCGUGUGAUAUGGCGAGCAUUCAUUGUUUGUUAUCACAAAUUCCUGAUAAUUUGGAUUUCGAACAAAUUUUAAUUUCUGCUGCUAAAUAUUACAAGAGUUAUCCGCCUGAGAGGUUGGAGAAGGAUGUCAAAAAGAGGAUACAAAGAGAAUUGGAUCAGCGCAAAAAGGAGGAACGUUUAAGAAACGCACGAAAUCGAAAACCCAACGACAAUUGGAUUCGAAUUCACAAUUACGUCCCUCAUUGGUUAAUGCUUCACUACAGGAAUAAAUAUGGGAUUCUUUUCGCCACUGCCACAGUUUUAAUUGGAAUUUACGCCUAUUUGAAAGCAACGGAAAAGGAUUUCAGUCUUUUUAAGUAAGUCUUGGACGUCAUGACAAUUACCGGUUUCCGCUUCCGUCAAACAAAUGCUUCACCAGCGAUUUUACACGUGUUUUUAAAGAAACAAACUUGGGUAAUAAACGUCCUCACCCCAUAUUAACAUGUUAUCGUUUUGAUUAAUUAUUUAGUUUGGUGUUAAAAAAAAAAAAGAUUAGAGAGCAUUUACAAGCGUAUUUUUGUAAAAAGCUAAUGUUGCUAUAAAAAAAGUGUCUUUAUUGUAAAUAGGCGAAGCUGUAUACCGUGGAUAUUUAUUUAUUAGUCUUGUUUUUCUUUGCAGGUGAUAGGCUUUAAGUUCUAAAUGAGAUUGUUUACUUUUUUUGUGAUACUACUCUAAAAGUUAAGUUGCUAAUCUUUUUUUACUACUUUUAAAUGUAAGUUAAAGCGAUAAGUAGAUGUGACAGCGUAAGAUUAAUUAGAAAGUAAGAUGAGCCAAAGUAUAUUUGAAAAUAUUAUGUUAUUUUUUAGUGUUUAAAGAGA